GUGCAUUGUGGGUAGGUCAGGGAAGCAGAGUGUAGGACGCCAUGUGCUUGUGAGUGUGACAGAGAGCCUUGACAAGUUUGUGCAGUGUUAGAGGCAGCUGGGAUUAGUUUCUUUGUUCGGAAAGAAACGACAGGAAAGAAAAAUGUACUGUACUUUACACUGCAUCCGGAACUCACUGCGGAUAGCCGCAAAAACACACCGGCAUCAUCUGUCUGCUCCGGCUCUGUCGGCACUGCGAGCGCUCCACUGUAGCCCCGCCCGUCUCUCUGAUGCCUUAGCGACGCCGCCGUUAGACGGAGCACCCAAGCAGUACUCACCCAAAAUCCAGCAGCUGGUCAACGACAUCGCCAGCCUCACCCUGUUAGAGGUGUCCGACCUCAACGAGCUGCUCAAGAAAACACUGAACAUUCAGGAUGUGGGGAUGAUGCCGAUGGGCGCGAUGGCCGCCGCCCCCACCGCCUCAGCAGCUCCGGCAGCGGAGGAAGACACGGGCCCAGUGAAGAAGGAGAAAACCCAUUUCACCAUCAAACUGACCGAGCUGAAGGCAGAGGAUAAAGUCAAGCUGAUUAAGGAAGUGAAGAACUGCAUUCAGGGGUUGAAUCUCGUACAGGCUAAGAAGCUGGUGGAGUCGCUGCCGCAGGAGAUCCGGGCGAACGUUUCCAAAGAGGAGGCAGAGAAACUGAAGGCGGCUCUGGAGGCAGCAGGGGGCACUGUGGUCCUGGAGUAGAGCACCGCAGUCCGUCCAUCCUCUUCAUUACUGUGUCUCCCUUUCUGUUCUUUGUUCCUUUCAUUUUUUUUUACACAACAAAAGAAUUCUGGGAAACAGAUAUAAAGUGAAAGAUCCGGGUGUGUGAACUCUCAGACUGAACUCUAGCAGGCUGCAGGCUUGCGUACUCUCACCACCCGGCCAUCACACCUGUCUGUCUGUCUGUCCGCAGAGUUACAGACGGCGACAGUGUCACAGUAAUGUCUGUCUGUAUGUCUCAAAGCAGUGAGGACGUGUGUCCUGGACAUGUAGAGACGUAUGCCAUUGUCCACGGUUAAAUAAAUGUGUAACAUUUAAGAAUCCUUGUUUUUUCCCCCACUUAAUAAUUCUGGAGUUUUUUGGUUUCUCUUUCAGCUCAGAACGUAUUAACUUAUCUUUAUUUGUCACAUAUAGAUUACUGCACAGUGAAAUUCUUUCUUCACAUAUGCCAUCCUUGGGGUUUGGGGUCAGAGCGCAGGGUCAGCCAUGAUGCAGCGCCGUUGGGGCCUUGCUCAAGGGCCCAAUGGUGGCAGCUUGGUGGUGCUGGGGCUUGAACCAUGAUCUGCCGGUCAAUGACCCAGAGCCUUAACCACUUGAUCUACCACUACAUUAUUCCUGAAGAGUACCUGGAUGUGGAUAAUGACUUAAAAACAAAUGGGUAUUAUGUUUUCAGAAAUAUCAGUGUUUGUGUGGGCGGGGCCUCAGGGCAAAUAGGGUAGUAUCUAAAUACUGAAUUGUUUCACUGAUCAGUGUCCCAGAGUGUAACGGCUUAUAAGAAUUGUGUUUACUGAGAAAAGAAUUAUCACUUAUUAUCAGAUCAUUAAA